GUUUGUAACAUGCGACACAAAUUGUAGCCACCCCCAGUGACGGAGGUUGACAGCUUGCGCCGUCAUUCAUCCGAACCCCGCCCGUCCCGAGGUAACUUAUUAGCGCCACAUCUGUACCUGCUGUACGCCGCAGCACUCGCCCAACAUAAUGAUGGCCUUUAUUGAGCAUACGACAUAUUCCCACGUCAAUCAUACUUUGUUGUCGCUGCCAUGGUCGUACGUCCCUACUUUACCGCUGACAAGGAGGUGCUGCCGUUCGAAAAGGUGAUCGCACUUGAACGCAUUGACAAUUGGACAUUCCGCUCCAUCGUCAAAGCUUACUCACCGACUGGUGGUGAGAACGGUACGUAUGGCGGUCACGUAUUUGCGCAAGCUGCAUGGGCCGCUGCGCAGACUGUCGAUGAAGGAUUCCUCAUACAUAAUAUCACCGGAUGGUUCGUACUAGGGGGCAAGCCAGAUGAACACUACACCUAUCGCGUGCGAAAGAUUCGAGACGGUUACAAUUAUUGCACACGCAACGUGACCGUAAGUCAGGUUGCAGCCGACGGAGACAUGUUUACAUGUACCUGUUCCUUCAAACGGGAAGAGAGCUCACCCUUCGACAUGCAAGAGUUUGUUGACUUGAAAGAAGUGUAUCGCGACGCACUAGAAGGCAAAGAAGAUGAGCCAAUGGAGCAUGCGGCGGCUCCAAGCAAUGAUUCUGAACAUUUCCGGGAAACCUACCUUCCAGCUCAUCCCGAUCAUUUCAAUCCAAUCGCCGGCUUGCACAUCCGCAAGGCUGACAUGUCGAAGUACAAUCAGAGACGUCAUCCGCUCGAUCGUAAACAGCUGACCUUUUACACGCUACGCGGUGCACUUCCAUUACCAACCGCACCAUAUCCGCCUCCCUCGGAAUGCGACCAGAAGCUCACAUUGACACGAGAGGCCAACAUGCACGCCUGUGCACACUUGUACGCAUCGGACCGUAACUCGCUAUUCAUUGUGCCAAACCAUCUUGACCGGCCUCGGGGUUACAAACGCAUGGCGUCUUUGUCUCACAGCGUCAUCUUCCAUGUCGGUAUCAAGGACCUCGUUAUGCCUAGUGAACCGCGGAUCGACCACCCGAAUGCCGACGCGACAAUGUGGGAAGAUGGCCCACUGCCACUCUGUAACCUGGAGGGGCACAAGGGCGGUGACAAGGACGGACGAAAAUGGUUUAUGCAAGAAGCGUGGCUAACUCGAGCUACGGGAGGUAGAGCGCUACAUACUAGUCGUAUGUGGGACUAUGAGAGUGGCGUGCAUAUUGCGACGACCUUUCAGGAUGGAUUGAUUAGGUUCAAGGAGGAUGCAAAACUCUGAGAUGGGGUGUAAGAAUACGCCCGGAAAGUCUUGGUGUAGUCCGAAUUAUCCGAGGACUGGCAGUACAGACUUCAAAUACUUUGUCAUUUCGAAGAGCGAAUAGCAUAGAUGCCGUUUCUUUCUUGGAGAAGGGGCUGCGUGCUAUUAGAGGUGGAAUAGCGAAGCAGAUGCGGGCAUUUUCUGUGGGUGAGCAUGUUUAGCGUUAAACCACUCAUCGUCAACCUUGUAUCUGCUCUAUACAGCUAGAGCAACGAUGGGGCGUAAUACGCCCGUCUCUAGCUUAUGUUGCCCAAGAAGCGCGCAAUAACUCAAGUUGCUGUCGGC